AUGGGACUAUUCUCUAGAAAGAAGAAAUCAAGAAACUCGGCUGGGCCAGCCUCUGAUUCAGAACCCACUUCCCCAGGCUCGUUCCGGAAAUCUCAAACAGACGAGCAUUCUAUUGCAUCGUCAAUAACGUCCCACCCCAACUCACAGGGUGGGGCUUCUACAUCGAUUUUGGAUCAAGGUUUAAAACCAGAUGAUAACUCGGACUCUGGCAUGAAUGCUGAAGACAAAUUUAUGCAAUAUUAUCAAGUCAACAAACAAGAACAAUCAUUGAAGAGUAUGAACGACAAUUCAUCUGUGCGGUCUAGCAACAGCAAUUCCAGCGCUCUCACCGACCAAGAAAGGAAAGAAAGAGCUCGCGCAGCAGUCGAAGAGCGCAAGCGAAAGGCACGUGAGGCAGUGCUAGCCAGACGCUCCAAGAGACAAUCUUCCAACGGCGACACCACAGCAAACGAACAAGAGGCAGCUACUGCGGCAAAGCAAAAGAAACAAGAAGAGGACAUAUUAAAGGCAGAUGCUCAAGCAAAGGCCGAAGAAGAAGCCAAGAUGAGGGCCCGAGAAGAAGCACGACUGGCCGCGAAAGCUAAGGCUGAGGAAGAAGCUAGACUGAAGGCCCAAGAAGAAGCACAGCUCGCCGCAGAAGCCCAAGCUAGAGCAGAAGAAGAGGCUAGAUUGGAAGCAGAGGCUGACGAGGAGGCCGCGAGGCUUCAGGCAUAUGCUGAGGCCGACGCGCGGAGAAUGGCCGAAGAAGAGGAAAUGGCAAAACUCGAGGCUGAGACAGCAGGGGACGAGGAGGCUGAUCGAAUGGCUCAAGAAGAGGAGGCCGCAAGGCUACAGGCAUACGCAGAAGCUGACGCCCGGCGUAUGGCCGAAGAAGAGGAAAUGGCAAGAAUGAUGGAAAGGGAAUCCAACGUAGAUGCUUUGAGUCAGGAGGAGCACAGUGAAGAUGCGACAUCGCAGCAGGAACCUCGUAGAAGAAAGAAGAAAAAAGACAAGAGUGGAAAGUCAAAACAUGAAAAACAAGUAAUGCUUCAGCAAACCAUGGCGCUUUUGAUGAUGGCUGAGGAAGAAGAGAGAGAAGAAAGGAUGCAGAGAAAGCGGGAGAAACGUGCUAGAAAAGAGGCCAAGAUGCGCGCCAAGUCCCUCGAGUUGGAACAGAUCCGCGCUGCGAAAAUGAAUGCGGAGCAACCACCAAAAUCCAAGUCUCUUGAAUUGGGGGAUGCCAUGUCUCGUCAAAAUGACUUGCUCAAUAGAUUGGGUGCCCAGAUGGCACUUGGGGGGAUUGCUAUGGAAGACGAAGAGACAAAGGCAGCAAGACUCGAGCGCGAAGAAGAGGAACGGCGUAAGCGCGAAGAAGAGGAGCAACUGGAAAUGGAGGCAGCGUUGAGAGAGGCUGAAGAGGACGCACGCCGAGAAGCUGAAAGAAUGGAAUUAGAAGAAACAGAGAAGCAGGAGGCUGAAAGAAUGGCAACAGAGGAAGCCGAAAAAAUGGCAGCUGAAGAAGAGGCCAAUCGCAUUGCAGCUGAAUGGGAGGCCGAAAGAAUGGCUGCUGAAGAAGAAGCAAAUCGCAUUGCAGCUGACGAGGAGGCCGAAAGAAUGGCUGCUGAAGAAGAGGCCAAUCGCAUUGCAGCCGAAGAGGAAGCCGAGAGAAUUGCGGCUGAAGAAACAGCUCGUAUCGAAAUGGAAAGAAUCGCUGCUGAGGAAGAGGCUGUUCGCAUGGAGGCUGAAAAAGUUGCUGCUGAAGAAGAGGCCCUACGUAUUGCAUCUGAAGAGGAAGCAAAGCGAGUCGCGGCCGAAGACGAGGCUGCUCGGGUUGAGGCUGAUAGAUUAGCAGCAGAAGAAGAAAAGGCCCUAAGUAUUGCUGCUGAGCGGGAAGCAGCGGAAGUUGAAGCAGCGCGUCUUGCAGCCGAGGAAGAAGCAGCACUCGUUGACGCUGAACGCAUUGCCGCAGAGGAAGAAGCUGCUCGUUUGGAAGCUGAAGAAGCUAAGUUUGCAGAAGAAGCCAAAUUAUUGGAGCAAGAAGAUGACUUGUUUGAAGAAUCAAACAACCAUGACGAUGGUCUUGAUGUCUUGGACGACCUGGACGCCCUCCUUGACGGCGACUUGAGUGAUCUUGAACCUGAUGAUGCUGCCAAGAAAAGAACAAAAUCAUUGAAACCAAGUACAGCUACAUCGAUUGGCAAGGCGAAGACAGGUCCCAGAAAGGCCGAAACGAAGAGCAAACUAAAAUCUAUUUCAGGACCACCGAAGGUCCGGCGACGAGCAAACGCAGAAUCUCAUUCAAUCACAAGUACAAAAGCACCAGAAGGAAAACCACCUACUAUUAAAAAGACCAAAAAGCAGGUUGACGAAGUCGGUUCACUGCCAUCUCAACUCGGUUCAAGUCCAGCAAAGGCUAAAGGCAAUCCAGCAACAAUUCAUGGGCUUCCACCGGGAACUGCGAGAAGAUUGAAGAAACAUGGUGCACUUCAAUUUCCUGCCAGAGAAGUAAAUUCAUAUGGUUCUGUUGCAACUAUUACGUCACUGCCACCAUCACCUCGGCGACCAAUGCAUGACGGCGACGAUUUGGAAUGCCCAUGCUGUGAUAAUCCAUACGUGGGCAAGCUUCAUGCACACAUGGCCGCAUGCCAGAUUUGUGUCUUUCGCCUCUCUCCAUCAGAGACAGCAACCUUUGAACGAAAGGGUCGCCACAUCCGAGUUAACAUCUCCCGCGGGGGCUGCAUCGAUUGCAACAUCUUUCCUUCCCAGGACGACGAAGAGCCUGUUCGCAUUUGUCGACAAUGCUUUUUUGACACACACAAACUUGCGAAGAAGCCCGAGAAAGCCUUUGGUGGUCUGUCACUGUCAGGAACAUCAUCCAAUUUGAAGCAUGUAAGGAGACCCUACCCUUCUUCGUUGCGUUGA